CGCUUAAAGAAAUACAUAUACACAUGCACAGAAAAACAAUUCUUUUAAUCUCAUUCUCCCCCGUCACCCCAUCCUUUUUGACAGAUGUGUGGUAUUUUGCCUAUAUAAGAGGCGCUCAAAAAUGACAGUUUCUUCACUAGGUACAGCACCUGGCCAGCACUUCAACAGCUUAAUUUGGAAAGCUGGGGACAGGUUUCACUUCAAAAGAUUAUGAAGCCAGUUUCCCCACCUCGCUCAGCAUUCCUUUUCCUGGCUCUUGUUGUCUCGACCUUGCUGCCUUCUGGUUACACUCUUCCUCGCCUACGCAGCCUGCGCAGUACCAGACUUGCACCUCCUCGAAUUGGUCAGGAUGAUUCUUCCAGAUUCCGUCCACAGUUGGAAGUUCUCUACCCUUCUGUGUCUCUCCGUGAUUGGAGUGUCCAGAUGAUGUCAUCUCCAGGAAUCUCUGACCCCCAGCCUAAAUCCCUGCGCCUACCAGGAAGGGUUUGGCUUCCUUUCAGCCAAUCAGAGAUGGAAUCCCUUGCUCAGGAGGAGGAUCUCAACAAGAGCUGGCCUUUGCCUUGGUCCCAGCAGAUGGCCAAUGAGGAGAAGAGGAACAUAGUGGUAGCAGAUGAUGCGGCAUUUCGGGAAAAGAGUAAAUUAUUAACCGCUAUGGAACGACAAAAGUGGCUCAAUUCUUACAUGCAGAAACUGCUUGUGGUCAAUUCCCAGUGAGAAACUCCGGUUUAAUAAAAUUGAUUGAAAAUGUUCAGCUCUUAUUCAGUUUGUGUGCAAUGUCAUUUAAAACUAAUAAAGUGUACAAUUUAGUUGCUUAAUGACAUUUUGCCACUUACUGUAUGUGUACUUCCCUGUUUUGUGUAGGGGUCUUAUAUAAUUGAGGUCAAAAUUACAAGAUAAUCUGGUGAUAUUACUGAAGUAUAAAUAAUAACUUCAUCUGAAUGUGUAUCUCAAAAGAAUAUGGGUCAGAAAAUCCUUCUUUAGAAUUUCACUAGAAACUUUUCUCAUAAACAAUACUGUUUACCUUUAUGUAAUCACAGAUGCAUAUACUGUAUCAUGAAACAUAUUCCCAUGUUUUUACCCCCUUUCUCUUGUUACAUAAUGCGAACAUCUUACAUAAUACGAAUUGGCAUGUUUUUCUGUGUCUCAUCAAGUUCAUCCUACUGUAUAUAUUUUCAAUGUUUUUGACUUGUGCUGUUUUUGGUCAAGUGCUCAUGUGUAGUUACAUGUGAUGGAGAAUAAGAAUAUGACUAUAGCCUGCACAAUUCACUGUAAGGAAAGUAAUCUAUUGCCUUAGAAUGCUGAAACUGGCUCACUAUCCAGACUUUCUUCACUAAUAAAAUGUCCAAACUAAUAAAAUCCUA